AUGUCAAAAAAUUUAAAGCUAUCACACUACAAUAUUAUCAUCAUCAUCAGUGAACUUCUCAUACUGUUGCGUCCAAAGUUUCUACGAGUUGUUCAAACCAGUACAUUGUGCAGUUGUUUCCCAUGGGAAAAGUAUAAUGCUUAUGAUGUAUUAGGAGUGAAAAAAUCUGCAACAGCUGAUGAAAUUAAAUCAGCCUAUUAUAAUUUAUCGAAAAGUCUACAUCCUGAUCGAUUAUCCCAUUCGAAUCCAGAUCAACUGAAAAGACAAGAGUUUCAAUUAGUGUCGUCUGCAUACACCUUACUUCGAAAUAGCGAAACUCGAUCACAAUAUGAUCAAUAUUUGGAGACUGGUUGUUGGCUACAACAGCACAACAAAAAUGAUGUUGUAUCCGAUUUCGACACUGAAUUUCAACGAGCUCGUGAAUUGUUCAUGCGAAAUCAAAAAUUUCAACGGAAUCAUUCACCAACCGAUAAAUGUGAACGAAUAGUUUCUGAAGCAGGGAAAAGCGAAGUGAAAAAAGGCAAUGUUAAACCUAAAACAGUAUUAGAUUAUGAUUAUUAUGAUUCUUCUUCUUCUUCGAGGACACAACCUCCUGUAUAUUUCACAGCCUCUUACUUUUUAGGCAUUACAUUUAGUUUAUUUCUCGUAUACUACUGUUUAGCACAAUCGAAAUGA